AAAGCAGGUCCCACUAUUUACAAAGCGUAUCUAUUUGUCUCUUAACUAUAUAUAGUAGGGAGUACUAGUAAAUUAGCGCAAAAAUAUCACUUUAGAAAAGAAAGGCUUGGUUGAUUCUUUUCGCGUUUCCUCUUAGAAAACAUUUUGUUGUUUAUAAACGGUUUGGGAAUUGUUUCUCAUUUGGUUGUGCAAAAGAAACAAAUAGAUUUAUACCAAAAACAAGGAUAUUCUUAUCCAAUUAACUCUUCCCAUUGAAUAGACCAAGGUAUUCAAAUCAUCACGUAAAGAAGUCAUCUCUCCUAAAUAAAACAGGUUGUGUGCUAGUUGCAUUGGAUUUCUAUUUCCCCUCUGACGAACGAUUCAUCUUUCCUCUUUACGUUUAUUUAUUGAAUUUCCUUUUAUUAUCAUUAUCAUAACUAUACAACAUCUUCCCCUUCUUGCUUUACAUCGUUCAUUUCUUUUCUGUUUAUUCCCCUUUUUUUGUUGAGCGGCGUGAUUUACUGUCUCUAUUUCUCUCAUUUUUUUUUUUGGUCACAAACAGACUGAUCUUGCCCCGUUACCGAUUAAAUUAUCACUUUCGGGUUUCAUUGUUCAUAUCCCCAUGAGUUCUCCUCUCAUUAGAAGUAUUGCCGUUAUCGGUGCAGGCCCUUCAGGUUUAGUUACCGCAAAAGCUCUUUUAGCUGAAAAGGCAUUCGAACGCAUUGUCUUGUUUGAACGUCGAGGUUCCGCUGGCGGUGUAUGGAAUUAUACCUCUUCGCUACCGCCGAAGGUACCAACACCUUCUAUUAAGCCAAACGUAAGCAGCAAUCCCGUCUUACAGCCUUCCGCUUUGCCCGUCUAUCCGUCACCCUUGUACCGCGAUCUACAAACCAACACUCCCAUCGAACUCAUGGGCUUUAGCACUCACCAAUUCCCCAAAGGCUCUCUUCAAUUCCCCCAUCGUACUUCGGUACAAGAAUACCAGCGUACGUUUGCAGAACCUCUCCUUCCUCUCAUUAAACGUGCCACGGAGGUUCUUGACAUCGAGAAAUCAAAAAAUAAAUGGCUUGUCACUUAUCGUAACACCAAGAAAGGAAGCCCUUCUAACGAAGAAUAUUUUGAUGCUGUCGCCGUAUGUAAUGGUCACUACGAAAUCCCUUUCAUACCAAAUGUCCCUGGACUUCAACAAUACGCUGAACGUGUUCCUGGUUCUGUUCUUCAUGCUUCUCAAUUCCGCGAACCGGAACUCUUUACCAACGAACGCGUCCUCGUUGUGGGUGGUGCUUCUUCGGCCACUGAUCUAGUCCGUCAUUUACAGCCAGUUGCAAAGAAUCCUGUCUAUCAAAGUCUUUUGGUUGACGAGGAGAAUGUCAAUGAGAAACUCGUCCAAGUUCCUCAAAUCGUAAAGUUUCAUCCUGAAACGAGAGAAAUCUUUCUUAAGAAUGGCAAAGUUUUAAAAGGCUUUGAUCGCAUCAUCUAUUGUACCGGCUAUCUUUAUAAUCUUCCCUUUCCCUCUCUCAACAAGCGCAAUGACAAUCCUGAAACCAAGCUGGUUACCGAUGGUAGCCAUGUUCAUAAUGUUUAUCAACAUAUCUUCUAUAUCCCCGAUCCUAACCUUGCUUUUGUAGGUUUAGCACUUCACGUUGUUCCUUUUCCUACUAGCCAAGCUCAAGCUGCUUAUCUAGCCCGCGUUUGGUCUGGUCGUCUUUCUCUUCCAAGCCCCAAAGAGCAAAGGGAAUGGCAAGAUCAGCUUGUAAGCUCUUUAGAUGGACGUAUGAAUUUAUACCAUUCAUUAAAUUUCCCAAAGGAUGCCGAGUACAUCAAUUACAUUCACGAUUUAACACUCCAAGCUAAACCUAAUCCUAAAGACGGAUUUCCUGCGCCAUAUUGGGGCCCUAAAGAGCUUCAAAUUCGGGAAGAUAUGUGGAACAUCCGCGCAAAAUUUUUUGGUCUUGAACAACGAAAAUAAAAGUACGUCAGUCCUGUGUGAAUUGGAAAAAAGGCCUCUGUAAUUUUGAAUUUUACCCAACUGUCUUGUAGAGAAUCAAUCAUUUGAUUUAGGUUUAUUUUUUUUUUAACGUUAAAAUGCACUUAAUAUUUUU